AUGGCUCCUUUUGAACUUUCUUAUGUUUCUAGUCUUGAAUCUCCUAAAUUAGAAUUGAGUUAUGUUAAUAAAGAUCUUACUGAAAGUAAGUUGAGAGAAAGUGUUAAUAUUGCUUCAGUUAGUAGCAUUAUUGUUUUAGAAGUUAAAGAUGAAAUAGUAAAUAUUAGUAGCGAUAAUUUAGGUUCAAGAUUUUUUUCAAGCACUGAGUUAGAUAUUGAUAAUAUUGUUGAUUUAAAAAUUAAUAUUAAUGAUAUUAAUGAGAAAAAGGAAUCUGAUAUUACUUCAACAUAA